CCGUCCGCUCGCAUAUAAAGACGCGCGCAUCGGGCUAUCGGAGUCGAUUGAAUCGGAGAGAAAACCCUAAUCGCUUACCAGUAGAGAGAGAGAGGAGACGUAGAGAGAGAGGGAGAGUGGUCGUGCUCGCGAGGAACACAGAGAGAGAGAGAGAGAGAGAGAGAGAGAGUAGAGAGAGAAUGUCUGCGACGGGCGGCGGCGGCAGCGGUCAGGAGGAGGACAAGAAGCCCGGCGAUCAGGCCGCCCACAUCAAUCUGAAAGUCAAGGGCCAGGAUGGUAAUGAGGUCUUUUUUAGGAUCAAACGAAGCACCCAGUUGAGGAAACUCAUGACCGCGUACUGCGAUAGGCAAUCUGUGGAGUUAAACUCCAUUGCUUUCUUAUUUGAUGGGCGUAGACUUCGUGGUGAGCAGACUCCUGAUGAGCUCGAGAUGGAGGAUGGUGAUGAAAUCGACGCAAUGCUCCACCAAACUGGGGGAUACUGAUGUUUUUCUUGGGAGGGACAUCUAUCUCUAUGACUCAAUUGUUGAAGUAAAUUGUAAUAGGGUCUAUGGAAACUUGAGUUGUGGCUUAAUUGAAGUUUAGGCUUUGUUUUAUCUAUGUGCAAUCCUCUCGUGUGCUUACUGUUGCCGGUGGUAGUGGAAUGAUUUUCGGUGUCAUUUGGAGUCACUCUCGUCUCACUGCUGUGGGUGUUCUAGUCUGAAGCAAGUAAAUCUUGAGUUUGGAACAACUUAUACUCUUUCGGAAAUGACCAGAGCAUUAUUGCUUAUAGUUGUGGCAUCUCACCAAUUGAUGAGCUUUUGGUGUUUUGUAGUAUGUGGGAAAUGACCUUUUUCCCUGGUCUUUUUGUUAGGUAGUGUUUGACAAA